UGUAAAAUUAGACAUUCCUAUAAAAUAUAAAUUGUUUUACUAUGUUCUAGUAAAAUAUAUUUAAUAAUUACCAACUUAUUUUACAAAAAUGUAUUAAGUAGCACAGUGCGAAUAAAUCAUCUUAUUCAAUGUUUUAUCUAACAAAACAAUAUAUAGAGCAAUAUGGAAUAGAUUUCACGGGAGGAUAUUGAUCAAAUUGAUUCUAGCAUGUAGUUCUAAUAUUUUUAGAUCUAUCAGCGAUUUUAAGCCGGGAUUUACAAAACAAAAAGCAUUAUGGGAGAUGUUAAGGCUUGCAGGAUAUGCUUAGCAACGAAUGUAGUGCUCCAUAAUGUACAAACAAAUUCUUUGGAACUUUAUUAUUCAUUGUUAAUAGGAGUAAAUCCCUUAGCAAAAUCAGCUUUGACAAUGUUUGUUUGCUAUGAAUGCAGAGCACUCUUAACAAAAUUCUAUGUAUUUAGGCAAAAGAGUUUGAGAGGUCAGGCUGCUCUCCAAGGAAUUUUUGAGUGUCAGGGAAAGCUUACAUUGAAAGCAAUACAAAAAGUAAGUAGAGAUGAAAUUCUGCUCAAUUCUAACUUAUCCAUACAUCACAACAAUCAUGAUGAAUCUGCACAAGCAAUAGAAGAAGCAAACAUAAAGACAGUUCUGGAAGACACUGAUAAUAUUAAAGUGGAAGUUGAAGAAUUUCCAGAAUUUGAAGUUCCUAUUGGUGACUCUUUUAGUGACCAUUGGCCUAGCGAUGAUGAGCCGUUGUCAUUACAUAAAAUGAAGCAACAAAAGCUAUUAGAUGAUAAAGACAAUUUUGCUGAUGUUGAGAAUGAAACUAUUGAUACUGAAAAAACAAAUGAUAAACCUCCAUCAAAACGGAAGCCCCGUCGCCCGAAGGCAGUGAACAAACGAGACCAGGAUAAAUUGAAGACAGUUAUGAACUGGCCCAAGGGAACCCCUGAUGAUGAAGUGAUACUUGAUAAUUAUGUCACUGUUCGGACACUGACGGAAGACGAGCAGCGGGCUGAGUUAAACCUCCGUCGGGACACCGACAACUAUAAGAAUGCCCCUUUCAAGUGUGAACAUUGCUUCAAAGGGUUCCUCGACAGUGUCACGUGGAAGCACCAUGCACAGAAACAUGACCCAUCAGCAGGCGACAUCGAGUGUGUUAUAUGCAAGGUGAGGUUCAAAUCUAAACGCACCAUGUGGAAGCACAUCACGAGCCACGAGAAGAAAUACAUGUGCAACUUCUGUCCGUACAUCUCCAAACAUACGACUCAGGCCAAACAACACGUGCGGUGGCAUCAGGGGGUGUUGUACAAAUGUCCGUACUGCGACGAGAUGUUAUCAAAGUGGACGUCGUACCUGAGCCACGUGCGCAUCAAGCAUCCCUCCGACUUCAUCUGCGGGUUCUGCGGCUACUCCUUCGUCAGCAAGCUGGGUCUCGCCAUGCACAAGAGUAUGAUGCACAAGGAUGAGAAGGACACGACAGAGGAGAACAAGGAGGCGCCGUACUGCGACACGUGCGACGUGAAGUUCGCCUCGAACGCGGCCUACAAGCGGCACAUGGCCACCGCUGUCAAGCACAUACAGUCCUCCGAGAACAAAGAGGGUUGUCGUGAGUGCGGAGAAUCGUUCAAGACUCACGCGGAGCUCCGGGCGCACAUUCGCUGCGGGCACGGGCGUAAGUUUGCCCGCAAGCAGUCGGCGCGGAAACAGGACCCACGGACCUGGCCAUCGCCUUGUCCGCACUGUUCCGAGAUGAUACCAAAUGCUCGGAUGUUCUAUUCACACUUCAGACGGUUCCACCGAGACAAGCCUUAUCCUAUCAAGAAGGACCAUAUCUGUGAUGUGUGUGGAAAGACCUUUAGGGGCAAUGCGUUCCUCAAGUAUCACAAGCGGACCCACUCCCAAGAGAAGCUGUUCAAAUGCUCGGACUGUGGCAAGGCGUUCUUCAACCGCGGCAACCUUCAGAUGCACGAGAAGACUCACUCGGAGCAGCGGCCCUACGUGUGCUGCGUGUGUGGGAAGGGAUUCAAGAUGAAGGGCGCGCUCGACAGACACUUCCGGAGUCACACAGGCGAUAAGCCUUACAAGUGCGAGGUGUGUGAUAAGGCGUUCGGUCAAUCCAACAGCUGUAAGAUGCACGUCCGUACCGUGCACCUCAAGCAACCCUCGCCGUACAUCAGCCGGUCUCGCCUCGACCGCCGCAACAAACACCGACUCCUCACAGAGCCGAUGCACGGCGACACGUUGGCUGCUGACACGCCGGAACAUGCCCACAGCUACGUCAAUUGACACCCACUCACAACCACUCUUGAAUAGACAAACACCGGCUAGAUUAUGGCUACCACAAGUGUAUUGUGUUUAGGUCUGAAGGGCGCCGUAGAUUGUGAAAUUACUGGGCAAAUGAGAGUUAACAUCCUAUGUAUCAAGGUGACGAGCGCAACUGUAGAGCCACUCAGAAUUUUUGGAUUUUUCAAGAAUCCUGAGCAGCACCUCAUCAUCCUACCCUAAUAUAUAUCUAAUCUAAUACAUAAAAUUCUCGAGUCCCGGUGUUUCUUACCAAACUCCUGACGCUAAACCAAUUUGUAUUAAACUUUGAGUGCAUAUCGGGUAGGUCUGAGAAUUGGCCAAUACCUAUUUUUCACAUGCCUAUUUGAUAAGGGUGACCCACGUCUAAAUAUUUGUUACAAUAUUUUUUAUUGUUAUUUUAUAUUGAUUCAUUAUGAAAAAAUACAAACAACUUCAAAUUUUCAUAUCUCUAUGAUUAACACCUAUUUUUGUGGAUUUUUAUAUUAAUCUGUUCCAUCCACAGAUCCUCAAACAGGUAGACAAAUCCGAAAAGAUGGCAAUCGAAAACAAUAAUUGUAGUAUGAUAA